CUCUCGGCUCUCUCUUUUCUCUCUGUGUCCUGGUCAGCGACAUAAAGUCUCACCCCCUCGUCGGAGCUUGAACCUACGCCAAGUUUUGCUGCAUUGGUCCGCUCUCCUUCCUACGAGGCGAUAGUCGGACAGCACGAGAUCCCAAAAGGACCCCGAACAGAUGUCAAGCAACCACCAAAGGAGCAGCAUCGUCGUCGUCGUCGUCCUCGCCCACACAUCGUUCUUUACCGUUACAGCUGUAGGUUCGGCUCAGUACCGUUAAGUUCGCCAAUCGCACAAGUUCGAUUCCCAAAACGCUUGGUUUUUUUUUAUACCAGCAAGAACUAGACAACACACAGAUAUCUGGGAAUGUUGUAAGACGUGGAUUAAUGCACUGCAAACCGUACAAGUGCGCCGUGAAAGAAAACGCAAUUAAAAGUGCAUUAAAAAUUAAACGAAUAGUGCUUGUGUGUGCGUGCCAGUGAGGCAAAAAGUUUUGCCUGCGCCAAAUUGGCAAAAGUUAAAUGUUUAAAGAGCCAAGUUGGGCGAAUUAUGUGAAAGUUUCAAUUCGAUAGGCGAAAACACAAUGUUUCGGUAAUUGACAGCAGGUGGAAAAGCAGUCCGAAAAAAGCUCGGGAUAACGAGCCACGGCAGACCGAAAGAGGAACAACCCAGAUUCGCAAAGUUCGUGCCAUAAAUCUGCAGCUUGCAUGGAAUUAAUACCCGACUAGAAGGCGGCGGCAGACGGAGGUGCUGCACAUGCAACACACAUUAGUGGGUCACUCGAAGAUGAUGACGCUGCUGACCACAACCCCAACCACAACGGCAACCGCAACGGCAGAAGUAAAACCAACAAAAACAAGCGAAACUCGAGCCGAUUUGUGGCAGCGGGGGCAAAUUAUAUAAAAUUAUCAUGCAGGGCAGGCAGCUAGCUAGUUGGCCACUCGACAACGGCAGGCGGGACAAGGCUAAACAUCCUCAUCAGCAGCAGUACAGCCACAACCAAAGCCACAAGCACAAGCACCACCAUCACCACCAGCAACAACAGGAGAAACACCAACAACAGCGGCCGGCGGCGUAUACGUAAUGUGCGCCAUGACGUAUACGUAAUGUGCAUCAGGGUUUGGCCAAUUUGUCCAAGCAAACUAUAAACCACUAAGCCAGCGGAAACGCAAACGAAAAACGAAACUCGAGCUGCAAAAACUAAAACAUAAACCGAAACUGCUAACGACGCAAACGGAAACUUCUUGGCCAAAUGGCGAAAGUUCUCAAACAAUUGCGAAUGUGUUGAGAAGCGGCAGCCGGUGCAAAAAUGACAAAAUGGCGAAGUUAACGUUGCCUUGUCUACUGCGGCGACUGCAGCUGAUGGCGCUGCGAUUGCAACUGCAACUGCAACAGCAGCCACAACAACAGCAACAACAGCAGCAGCUGCAUCCACACGGCUGCCACUUGAUGGCCAUGCAACUGGGCCAGGCCGUGCUCCUCUACGGCUGCCUCCUGCUGCUCCACGCCUCCGUGUCCGCCUCUGUCCUGGCCUCGUCCUCCGACACGGCAGCCAUCCCGAUCCUGCUGAACAUAUCCGGCACGGCGGAUCUGGAUGGAGCACCGCAGCAGGAACCACCGGUGCAACUCGAGAAGCGCACGCGGAAGCGUGAUGCCGCCAAUGUGCCUGAUGAUGACGACUAUGGCAGUUAUCCGGACGACGUCGACGAAUUGGAGGCCUUGCUAAAUAAUAAGUCAGCUAAGGGGAAAUAUAUUGGAGCGCCGUGCAACGAGCUGAAGUGUGACGUCAAGCUGCUGCACGUAUCCUGCGACAAGGAUUCGCAGACCUGCAGUUGCGAACGCAACUACCCAGUGCAACUUGGACUGAUAAAGGGUUGCGCCAAACCUAAAAAACUGGGCGAUCAGUGUUUCUACGACGAGACCUGCAUCUACAACGACGAGAACUCCCUUUGUGUUCAGGUGCGGCACAAUGCGAUGUGCCAGUGUGCCAGCGGCUUUCACUCAGUCAGUUAUGUGAAGCCAACGCGUCGUGUCUUUUGCACUCCAGAUCUCAGCGAACUAAGUUCGGAUCUGCCCACCUUGCUGGGCGUCUCCACGGGCAUCGCGGUUCUGGCCGGGCUCAUCUGCAUGGUGCUGCAUCUGUUCAGCAAGACGAAGUAUCCGCGGCAUCGAAAUUACGGAGAUGCCAGCAUUCCGCCGCCCAUUCUGUACUCCAGCGAUACAGGGAUACCGCUUACCGUUCACUCGGCGCGUCCGUCGUCGCGUUCCAGCAUCCGGUCGACGGGAUCGAUUGGCUCCUAUGGCAACCGACGCGCCUCGGCCGGCGGACUGGGCGGGGGUGGCGGUGGAGGCGUGGCCGGAGGCGGGGCCGGCGGAGGAGGGGCGUCUGGAAGCGGCGGCUCGAAGGGCAUCCUGGUGUCGACGUCACGAACAGGUGCGGCUAGAUCGGCCGCCAUAUUGCUCAUAUCGUGUCACAUAGCGGCGGUGUCCAAACAGAAUUCCCGGGCCUCGUCGCGGCACACAUCCGGAGCGGGAUGCAGCCAGCAUUCGCGGGACGACCUUGAUGAUGGUGGUGGCGGUGGCGGUGGAACUGGUAGUGGGAGUGGGUGCCGCAGCUGCGAGAGCACACUCUCGAUGAACCGCCACCUGCAGAAGCAACUGAACCACCAGCGGCAUCUGCUCAGCUUCGAGCUGUCGCCGGCGAGGUCGAGGAAUCAGGAUAGAUUUAGGACAUUGUUGGGCAUGAAUGGCAUUGAGAAUUUUGGGGGCACUGAGGAUGAGGACGAUGAGUGCGGUCCGCAUAGCAUAGAACCCAGCACAACAGUUCCUCAUGCACACGAUGCCCAUGCCCAUGCCCAUGCCAUUGCCCAUGCCGAUAGCGAUCCGGCUUAUCCAGAUGCUGUUACUGGUGGCGGUGGUGCUGGUGGUGGUGGUGCUGGUGGAGGUGGAGGUGGUGGUGGAGGUGGUGUUGGUAGCUACGGCUACGGCUACGGCCAUGUCGGUGUGGUUGGUGGUUACGGUUACGAUGCCGACACCAAUGGCGGCGACUCCAGCGGCGGAUUCGCCACUGGCGCCGAGCUGCAUCACCUGCAAAUUGGCGCACUGCCCACGCCGGCGAGUGAAACGCCACGAUUUGCGGUAAAUCAACUCAAGCAUCAGUCAUCCCACAUUCAUUUGUACGAUCUUGUGGUCUGCUCAUCCCCAUCCACAUCCACAUACCCAUCUGCAUUCCGUAUCGCCAUGUCCAUGUCCACCCGCGAAUUAGAAACACUUCCACAUCACAACAAAAAGUCACAACAAAGUCAACUAUAUGCUACUCGUAUCUGUUCAAUGGUUGCAUCUUCUCCUGGUUAGAGUUCAAUUUCCAAGUCUGUGCUAGCCUUAGUUUGUAUUUUCAUUUAUCUUUCCCUGAACUCUAGAUCUUUCAGUCUUUAGUGUACGACCUUCAAAUUGUUCAAUUGUUAAAUGCAUAAUUGUUACAAAAAAUACAGACAAUAGACUGCCGUAUAUUUGAAUCCUUACUUUAUACUUACCAUCUUUAAGCAUCUAUUCUUUGAAAAAAGUUAGAUACUUAAUCUGAAAUCAUAAUCUGAAAUCUGCGUUCUAUCAGAAAUUUCGCAUUUCGCAAAGAUGGCCUCACACAUAUUUAUCUAUUUAAUAUACGAGCGAAAUGCUAAUUAUGAACUCAUGCCAUGCAUUAAGUACUAACAAAUUCUUUCAGUUAAAAAGCAUGGGAAUCUGUAAUUCAAUUAGAAGAGAAAAAUUCGGCGAAUGGAAUUUGAUUACAUGUUUUAUUGUUCAUGAACCGGAAAUACUCCGGACUCCGGAAUACUUUGUGGCUCAUUUACAUUGCUGAAAUGAAUUUCCUCCCCUGCAUAGUUAUCAGAAUUCGUAAUAAAAUCAUGUCUCAUCUGCCAUAAUUAAAGCGCGCAAAUUGAGUUAUUCACGUAAUCAUGUAUCGUUAAUUCAGCUCAGUUUAUUUACAGUUGAAACUUAAUUUGUGUACAUUGGCGUUGGUUAUCCCUAUACCCCUGCUUGUCUAAUUAGUGUUUAAAUUGACAAC